UUUUUUUUUUUUAAUAAUAAGUAUUCUUCAUCAUUUAUUUGAUAUUCUUCUCCUCUUUAUCCAGUUAUUUUGUCUCUAUUUAUUGAAGAAUGACUCUAUUGACUUCGUUGAAAGAUUUUACAAAGAGACAUCGACGAGGUCUUAUUGUCACUGCCACGCUUGCAGGUGGUACUUAUUUAGCCGGUCGUUAUGCCACCAACAAAAUAAAGGAAUAUCAAGAAAAAUCAACCAGUGAACGUUUAGCUAAAGAAAAUUUGAAACGUCGAUUUCAGCAAAAUCAAAACGAUUGUGUAUUUACUGUGUUGGCUUUAUUACCUACUCUUGGUGAUCAAAUCUUGUAUGAAAUGAAUGUGGAAGCAUCUUGGACCAAAUUACAAGAAUCUCGCAAACUAGAAAAGUUGGAAUUAAAAAAGAAACAAGAUCGUGCCUUACGAAAACAACAACGACAAGAAGAGAAGGAAGCUAGGAUGGUUGCACAGUUGGAAGCAGUGACAAUAACAGAAGAAGAAGAAGCAAAACAAACAACAACAGAAACACCAUCAACAGUAGUCGAAGAAACUUCACAACCGGCUAAAACCUCGGAAGACAUUAAGGAAACUACUUCAGAAGAAGACGAUGCAUUGAAAAAACCAUUGGAUAUGAGUGUUGGUAGUAUCUCUGACUCUGUUUAUACAACUGGAACUGGAUCUUCUUCUAUGGUAGUGGUGGAUCAAGAUCAAGGUAAUGAAGAAGAAGAUGAUGAUGAUGAUGAAGAAGUUAUACCUGAAGGACUGUUAGACAAGAAAGCCAAGUAUCUAUUAUGGGAAGAUAUCAAAGUGACAAGUUUCACAAGAACAUUAACUACGAUUUAUUCAGUAACAUUAUUAACUAUGUUGACACAUAUUCAGCUCAAUUUACUUGGACGAUUUACUUAUGUUUGGUCAGUCUCUGUUUUGAAUAAAAGUGAACCUACUAUUCGAUUACAACAUGAUGAUAAUGAUCAACCGGAAAAUGGCUUUUUGGAUCCAUUAACUGAACGUAUGUUCCUUAGCGCUAGUUGGUGGUUAUUACAUCGUGGUUGGAGAAAAUGUGCUGAAAGGGUGAAAGAUGGUGUUGAACAAGUGGUUGGAAGUAUACCUUUGAAGAGUAUCCUUACUUAUGAUGGUACUGAAGAAAUCAUUCAAAAACUCCGGAAGAACAUUGAAUACGAAGAUGAUGGAUAUACUCCCUUUAGUUUUAGAUCAUGGAUGUUACCCGAUACGCAUGAAGAAGAAUUGGAACUUUUAAGAGAGACUGGAUUUUCAGGAAUGGAUGAUACCAAUGAAUCUACUGUUACUUUACGUCAAUUAUUAGAUGAAACUAAAGAUUUUAUUGAUAGCCCUGAUUUUAUUACGGUGUUUUCUUGCUGCUUAGAAGAAGUUUAUAGUAUUUUUGAUCAUAAUGCAUUUGGAAAGGUUUUAUUACCUAGUCCUCUUGAUUCUUCAGUACAACGUAUUCAAGAAUUGACGAAUGAUUCGAUUGAGAUCAAAAAAAUGACUUUAGCUAACUUAUUACCAGCCAUUAGUCGACAAGCUCAUUUGGUCAUAGCUGGCAAUGAAUACUUGAAUGGAUUUGCUUAUCUUAAGGAAUUACAAGCAUUCUCAGCCAUGAUAUAUACUCAAUAUGGACAAGAAGUGACAAGUUCUUCUUAACUAGUUAUUAUUUAUAUUUAGUUUAGAUUUCUUUAUGAUUCUUAUUAUGAUUCUUAUUAUUAUUAUUAUUAAACUAUUUGAAGAAGAAGAAGAAGAAGAAGAAGAUGUAUACUUUCAAUAAUAAUUAAAUAAUAAUAACGAUGAUGAUGAUGAUGACGAACUCCAUCUGGUUAUUA